CUGCCAAACCCUCCAGCAUGCCAGCGGUCGGUCGCUCGGUGUCAAACCGGUCGCCUUUACAGGGCGAGCGGCCUCCGGAGUUUACAGACCCGGGGACAGUUCGACAGAGCGGUGCUGUAGGAGUGCAGACCCUCGCAGUUUGAGCUCUCCGAUACCCCCACCACCCGCGCGCACCCUCAGACCAACAACUUCGCCAUAGUAAACUCCGCAGCCGCCUCCUCCUCCUCCUCCUCCUCCCCCCUCUCUCCGCAGAAUGGAGGCCGCAGAGCAGGCGGGGUCUCCUGAGGGCCACGGGGUCAGUAACUCAGCGCCAGACCCGGCAGCCAAGGCCUUCCUGAACUUCAUGAUGAAGCACUGCUGCUAUGACGCCAUUCCAACCAGCUGCAAACUGGUGGUGUUCGACACUGACCUGCCGGUAAAGAAAGCCUUCUUUGCACUGGUGGCGAAUGGUUUGCGAGCAGCACCACUGUGGAAUAGCAAACUCCAGAGAUUUGUGGGUAUGCUGACCAUCACAGAUUUCAUCAACAUUCUUCACUGCUACUACAAAUCUCCGAUGGUUCAGAUCUAUGAGUUGGAGGAGCACAAGAUUGAGACAUGGAGAGGUGAUUCAUUUCAAAAUGUUUUCCUGCAGUUCCACAGCCAAAGCCUCAUCAGCAUCUCACCUGAUGCCAGCCUUUUUGAAGCUGUCUACUCUUUACUGAAGCACAAGAUCCACCGACUGCCGGUCAUCAACCCUCAGUCCGGGAACGUCCUCCACAUUUUGACGCAUAAGAGAAUCCUCAAGUUCCUCUACAUAUUUGGAGCCUCAGUCCCGAAGCCCCGCUUCUUACAGAGGAAAGUCCAGGAUGCAGGAGUGGGCACGUUCCGGGACAUCGCCACAGUCCAGGAGAUGGCCACUCUCUAUGACGCGCUGUCCAUAUUUGUGGAGAGACGAGUGUCUGCGCUGCCGGUGGUUGAUGAGGAAGGGAAGGUCGUUGCUCUCUACUCAAGAUUUGACGUGAUUAAUCUGGCAGCGCAGAAAACCUACAACAACUUGAGCAUGACCAUGCGGGAGGCCGUGAGGAGACGCCGGUGUUUCGUCGAAGGAGUUAUCAAGUGUUACCCUGAUGAGACUUUGGAGACUAUUAUUGACAGGAUCGUAGAGGCAGAGCUCCUUUCCUCUCACUCAGGUCCACAGGCUGGUCCUGGUGGACCGGGACAACGUGGUGCGUGGCAUCAUUUCCUUAUCGGACCUUUUGCAGGCCAUAGUUCUUUCUCCAGCGGGCAUAGAUGCUCUGUUUUCCUAGCCCGAUGGGGACAGGCCCAAUUUUCAUCCCCCAUACAGUCACCUGUCCUCACGCAUGCAGUUUCCUCUCACAGCAACUGCAUUGUUCAAAGUUCAUGAUGCCAAGCUGGUCCGUCUGGUGUCAUAGAUCCUGUUCCAUUGGCUGAACUCACCAACAUCAUUACCUAUUGCACAAAUGCCACACAUGAAAUAGAUUUAAAACAUUUUUAAUCUACUAAAAAAGUGGUUUUCCUCACCAAAGUGUGUCUAAAUACACAGCUUGUGAGCAGAUACACUGCCAUAAUCUUGGACAUUCAUAAUAACACAAGGAACGUAUUCGCAGGCAAGGCACAAUUCGGACAUUGUUUUAUGUGAAGGUUGUGAAACUCCCAGGGCCGUUUCAUUUUAAGGGGGACCUUCUGGGGGAGAUAUAUUUGGGACGAUGGUUAAACAGGGGCACCUUGUGCCCUCAAUCAUUUUAUGCAGUGAUAUUACAUGUAAUUACAGCCCCAUCAUUAAGUAAGAUAUCCAGACUUACACAGGGGAUCUCAUGGGAGUGUUAAUUAAACCAGAGUACUGAUAGGAAAGUCUGUCCACACUUUGCAAAACCCCUGGACAGUUAGUUCCAGUCAAUCAAGACCAAACUUCUACCUCUAUGAAUAGGUAGAGGCCUAUAAACCUGAAACUUUGAACAUUAAAAUGUCAGAAACAUAUUGGAAAUCACUAGUACAACCAGAGAAAAGUUGCAAUGAUAGAAAAAAAGAUGAUUAAACGCACAACAUUUGAUCGCUGCGCUGGCAAAUUGUGCAACAAUUCAAGAACAUCAUAAAAUCAUAAAAACUUCUAAGAAUCUAGAGAAAUCACCGUAUGCAAGGGACAAGACUGAACGCCAAUACCGGAUGACUAUGAUCUUCAAGCCCUCAGGCAGCACUGCAUUCAAAUCAGAAUUAUAGAAUCAUAAUUCUUAGUGGAAAGCACUGCAUGGGUUCAGAAACACAGUUAAAACACGAGAAGAAUCCAUACACAAACAGGAUCCAGAAAUGCUGCCACCUUCUCUGGGCCCAAGCUCAUUUAAGAUGGACUAAGGUGAAGUGGAAAAGUGGUCUGACGAAUCAGAAUUUGGAAAUCAUCUCUGGGCUUAAAGACCAUCAGGCUUGUUAUCAGUGAAACCCUAUAUCAAGCAAGAAAGAGAAAACAUUUCACUUUCAACACUACAGUAAUUGGUCUCCUCAGUUCCCAAACACUGCUGUUGUUGGAAGAAAACCUUGUAUCACCAUUUUUCUGUUUUUUCAUCGUAUGUAAAUUUCAUGAUGAAUGGCCUAAAAGAAAUGACCUAAAAUGACAUGGAAAAACAUCUGGUUCCAUAGACUUACAUUAAGACUGAAGUAUGUUUUACCUCCUGUUAAGUUACCAUUUUUGGAGAUGCCAGGUUUUCUUCCCACAACAGCGACUUACAGGGUGCUGUUAAAUUAAAAAAUGAGCAUUUUUCAUUCAAAAAACAAAAUUUUUCAUUUCAAUUUUACAUUUGACAUGUUGUCUUUGUACUCUUUAUAACUAAAUAUGGGGUUUGAUUUGCACACCAUUGAAUUUUGUUUUAUUUACAUUUUGCAUAGUAUCCCACCUUUUUUGGAAACGAGGUUGUAGAGCUCAUGGUUCCAAAGAGAACCAUUGCCUUUACUAAAGAACCCUUGAAGAACUUGUGUACAUGCGAUAAUGCCUUGAUCUUUGACGUGUUCAGCAAGCUCUCAGUGACUCAUUGGUUAAGUGUUUGGUUCUGAACAACGGUUGCCACAGACAUUCUGCACCAGCGUCCACCGUGGACUUUGUGUUUUCCACACCCGGAAAUGCCGACGGCCUGAGGCUUUAUUUCAGGCCUGAGGCUUUAUUUCAGGCCUGAAAUCGAACUUUUCAAACAGACAAUCUGAAUAAUUUUGUCUGCACCACACCAGGCGACCCAGACCUCGCUGUACUCCGUCCCCGUGGAUGCUGGCCUUGCCUGAAGGGCCUGGAACACCACCGUCCUUGUCCUUUUGUCACUGCCGUUCAACUCCGCUGUGAAAUGAAACGGAGUGCCAUGUGACUGAACAA